AUGCCCCGAAGUCAGAGUCGCUUCAGAAGUGGAAAAAACAAAAUUGAAGCUGAGCCCCGCAGUGCCAGGCCAACAAUGUCAGUUUGUGAGGAAUACAUUUAUGCUGUUCGUGGCUUGAUUGAAAAGACGGAUAGACGAAUAACCACUCAAUCGGUAGCAGAUGCACUCAACAUCUCCGUGGCUUCUGCACACACAAUUCUUCUGGAGAGUUUGGGACUAAGCAAGCUUUCUGCUAGAUGGGUCCCUAGGUGGUUGUGCCCAGAUCAGAAGGUUGAAACUACCGAGGACAUAAUUCAAUCAAAGCAGUGGCUGCCCCGAGCUAGAGGUCAGCGUUCAGGAGGAAAGGUCAAGGCCACUGUCUUCUAG